AUGCUGGAUAAGUUGGAAGAUGAUCAAUAUGCGUAUCAGUGGAAGAUAAAUCCUCAUUACCCUUUCCAUGAUGAAGGUGAAUGGGAUCUAGGGAAGUUUUUGGUGGAAAACCUUACUCAAACCCAAAUCACCAAGUUCUUGAAGUUGAAAUGGUUUGAUGCUCUGGAUCGUGCAAGACCAUCUUUCACCACGAAAGAUCACUUCCUGGACUGGAUGGACUCGCUGCCUUCUUUUGCCCCGUGGAAAGUCUCUAAAAUAGAAUUUAAAGGCUAUAAGACUGUCCAUCCCAUGGAGCUUGUUUGGCGUGAUGCGCUGGAGGUCGUCAAGCAACUCUUUAGUGACCCGACUUUUGCGAACCACAUGACCUUUCAGCCCCACGUCGUUAACGUCAAAAAUCAGCGCAAAUACGGAGACUACAUGAGUGCCGAUAUGGCAUGGAAAAUUCAGGGCCAUCUCCCAUUGGGUGCGACUCAAGUCCCAAUAAUCUUGGGAUCCGAUAAAACUCCUGUAACGCGACUUGCUGGAGGUAUUGAGAUGCAUCCGGUCUUCCUCACCAUUGGUAAUAUUGACUCUGAGGUUCGUUCCAAGGCAACGUUACGAGCUUGGCGCUGCAUAGCCUACAUUCCCGUUGUCAAGUUCCAAGUCCAUCCAGAUUACCAGUCUAUCCUCCAAGCCAGACUGUGGCAUAAAUGUAUGGACCUCGUUUUCGCCAACCUCAAGGUCGCAGCAAAGGAUGGCUGCUUCAUGCCCGAUCCUUCCCGCUACAUCCGGCAUGUGUUUACGCCACUCGUUGCUCAUGUCGAUCCCUGGGAUCUCGACAAGUUUCAGAAAGCGGCCAAAGCCGUUAACUUGUCUGGAGUUCAUAUGCCAUACUGGCGUGAUUGGAUGUUUGCAUGUCCGUCUGUUUUCCUCACCGGCGAAAUUCUGUACACCUGUCAUAAGUUUUUUGCUGAUCAUCCACUGAAAUGGAUUAAGGAAGCUAUGGGAGAUUACGAGCUCGACACUCGCUUCAUGGUCCAGCACAAAGACAUCCAAUGCACUAUCGUUGCGUCAAUCACAGGGGCUGUUCCACCCAGAUUCGUUCGUGCAAUUCACGCCCUCGUGGACUUCUUUUACUUAGCACAGAAUCCUGUUCACUCGCCUCAGUCACUUCAGUCAAUGGUUCAGGUGCUUUCAGAUUUUCACUCUUUCAAGGACACUAUCAUCCAGGCCGAGGCAAGGAGGGGGAAGAAGGGUGUCAAAGAAGAUUUUUUCAUCCCCAAACUCGAGCUUCUACAAAGCUUUGAUGGUACGAUUCAGAAACUGGGCACUUUGAUGCAGUUCUCCGCUGACCGGUUGCUCAUCACACAUUGUAAGGACCUUUUCCUGCGGACAUCCCACCAAAUCAAAGAUUUUAUGGAGCAGUGCGUGCAGAUUCUUAACUGCCAAGAGUCAAUGGAGAUGUUUAGUUUGUACGCGCUGUUGACUUCUCGCGGGGCGUCACUGGUCAGCGCCAUACAUGCUGAGGACGAAGACAUUACAACCACCAACCCUGCGCUCUCCUGGGUUUCCUGGGUUCUCCCUGACGAAACGAAAUCUGUUCAUGGUCCUCGACCUGUCUGUAACCACUUCCUCAAAGGCAUUCUCUCCGGAGACGCACUCACUGCCUUUCAACUGAAUGUAACGCCGGACUACAAAUCACUGUCACUAAUUGAUAUUCGCACGAAGUACUCGCUCCCUGACUUCGAUAUUGCGCUUGCCAAUUUUAUUCAUCGUUCAUCACAGUUCACUGGUGAGCAUACCCUCUGGGAUGGCAGAUAUGGGCGCUUCUGCACAGUGAUACAGGCUUACCCACGGAGCGAUGAUUUCCCCUUCGGCAACUGUGAUACCGUUCUCAUUGACACUAUGGGAGAUGAUGGGCAAAUGAAUUCCAACUUUGACCUUCCGACAUACCUCGCUACUCUGCUUCUCUACAUCCAAUACUUCCACUUUAUCGCCUCUCCUGACCAACAAGCCGAACUGUCAAUGUGGACCGUUGAGCAUACAUACGUUCAAGAUAACACUGUAACAGACGUAACACACGCUGUUGAACUCAUACCAUGUUUUGGCGAGAAAGUGACCAGUGGUGUUUCAUCGGCUACUUGUUUGGAAAGCUACGACCGUUUCUUUUUGAACAACUUCGCGGACAAGGAGAGUUAUCAUACAUUUAGUACCGAGUUUGCGUAG